AUGGCCAGGUUACAAAUCUCAGCGUUGCACUAUAAUGAGAACGCGACACGCACACACGCCAGAACUGCUGCUGGUGAGCUGAGGUACUCCAUAGUGUAUCCUAAAUAUAAACAUGGCGACUAUACUGUGAGAGCUCUGAAGACCAAAUUCACCACAUUCUACAUUGAUAAGCUGAUGAGUCUGCUGUUCGAAGCAAAUAAGAAAGCAGACAUGAGUCAGCCAGGACACAUAUCUAACUAUGAACCAGAGGUGUGGGAAGACAGGAUGGACCUCACUCUCAGAACUUUACAUCGAGGAACCAGUCACCAAUCCAUACACCAGUGA